CUUUUAUCCCCUCCAUUACAAACUGAAUGCUACUUCGUAAAAUUGAAAUCUUGACUUUCUUAUAUUAAACCACCGGUUCCCAAACUAUGCUUGCACAUUGGAAUCACGUAGGGACCUUUAAAAUAUGCGUUGUUUUAACUGGUCUUGGGUGUGCUACUUGAGCAUAGUUUUAAAACUCUCCAGUGGUUCUCUUCUUCAGCCAAUUUUGGGAACUACUGUACUCCGUGAUUUGGUGAGGUGGUAAAGAGUAUUUUUAAAGGAGGGGAAAAAAAGAAAAAGAAAGCACAAUUAUCUCCCUUUGUCUUUUUAAGGCUAAUAAUAGAAUUACUGGCUUUCCCCAAGCACACACAGGACAAUAGGUUUCUUGAUAAAUAGGAAUCCCCAGAAUGCUCUAACAAUACUUUCUUUGAGAUAAAAAGACUAGGCAGCAUAAUCUUUUUCUUCCCAAGACAGCAAACACCGUUCUUACCCAAACACCAAACUUAUACACCUAUUUUAAGAGCGAAUGGGCCAUGAAUGACGCUCACAACUUGGGAGUACGAGCUCCAGCACCAGAAGAAAAACAGACCCCCAGUAGCCCACCAUCAUUCGCUGGGGUUCUGCGGCGACCAGGGCUGGGCAAGGACGGGGUGUGGGUCUCUGAAGCCCCCAAUCCGGGCCCCGCUGGCAGCGCCUCAAUAAAGUUACUCAGGGAAGUUUGUUCGCGUUUCCAAGCAGGCGCCUCCCCGGGCCAGGGGCGCGGCCCCCGCCACCUGCUCGGCGCCAAAGCUCUCCGGCCGCGCCCCCUCCCUGGACCUCCGCCACCUCCGCGGGUCGCGCACACUGCGGGCGCCCGUGUGACCGGCUGGUGCCCGGGUGGGCUCGCUUCGCCCCCCCUAACCCCCGCGUCCCUCGGCUGCAGCUGGCCCAGCCCCUCGGGCCACAGCGCCAGGACCUCUUCUCGGGCCCGGCACCAUCCCGCCUGGAACCCCUCGGGAAGGCUUCCCGCGCGGCCAGCGUUUCCAGAGCGAAGGCGGGGUAUCCGGGCACCCCGCAUCCCGGAGCCCGACGCCGACCGGCGGACCCGUCCCAGCCCAGCCGCGCACGGCCCCUUCGGCCCGGGGCCGAGAGCGCGCCCCUGGCCAGGCGGUCCGGUGCUGCGCACGCGCGGAGGCGCCCGCCCGCUCACCCGCGGCGCCCUCACUCACCGUCCGCGCUCUUCGUCACCUCUGGCGUCGCCGCCGCCUGCGGUGCUUGCUGCUCGCCGCUCGCCACCCCGGCCCGGUGCCCACUCCUCAGGCCCCGGCCCGGGCACUCGGGGAUCCAGCGCCCGGCGGGCUUGGCGGGCACCCGCACGCAGGGCACGCUCCGCGGGGCCGCGCGCGCGCGCCCGGGAGCCGGGAGGGGGUGGGGCCAAGCUGGCCACGCGCCUGGAGGCAGCCCUGGAUAAAUAAGGGGCAUGCGCACUGCCUGUCCCUUCCUGGGGUCCUGUUUCUGGGAGACUGGUGACCCUGGACCAGUGAAAGGGAGAAGAGGCGAAGAAGGCCAGGAGACCUCCUCACUAUGAGGCGCAUUCGCCCUUGUCCCACAGACUGCAGAUAAGGCGAGUGCACUACACUCUUCGGCAGUUUGGGGAAGGAGAGUUGCUGCUGGAUCGGGGUGAUGAUAAAACUUCACUGAGAAGCCUGAAAGAAUAAGAGCUGGAGUCAGAAGUUCACCUGGAGAGAAAGGGAUACGGAGCUGUUUAUAAUGACAGACACCUACUUCAUUCAAUUAGAUCAUCAUCUUUGAGUGCCUGUGGAUGUGAGCUGCAAUCUUUCCCUUGGGUGUCCAGUCUGCCAGCCCACCCUCCAGAUUUUGGACUUGCCAACCUCCACAAUCAUGUACAUAUUGCUGUUGGACUUAAACCUAUGUGUAGGAUUGUUGGGUCAGAGGAUAUGCAUAUACUCUGCUCUGGUACACAUCUCCCAACAGUGGUUGUACACAUCUACAAUCCCACCAGCAUCAUGAUUUCCUGGACAUCCUUUUAACAUGGCAGUUGGGAAAAGAGAGAAAAUGUGGAUGCUGCCAGCCCUCUUAAGGCUUGAGCUCAGAAGCCUUGGAAUGUUGCUUUCACUGCGUUUUGAUGGCCAACACAUGUCUUAAGUCCAGCUCAGAUUCAAAGUGGACAAGUGGAUUCCAACUGUUCUUGGGAGGAGCUCCAACGUCACAGUGUGAAGGGGCAAAGGCAAAAGGAGACAUAAUUCAUUGGGGACCAUUUUUAACAUUCUACCAUAUCACCCCUGAACAUUCCCACACAGGACCCUCUCCUAAUUCUCUUGACAGGUAGAUGCAGAUGUUCAGGGAGCCUUGUUAAGCCAUGUAACGAAGACAGAGGCGCCUCUGUUGGAGAGCUCCUCACCUCCAGCUCCCAUUCUCUGGCAAUUGGACAUGAUGUAAAUAAGAAAUGAAGUGGGUUGUAGUAAACCACUUGUAUCUCAGGGUUCAUUACAGCAGCUAAUCUUACCCUAAAAGUAGAACUAUAAGCUAAUUUUUCAGCAUGGGGUUUUUCAGACCAUAUAGGUAAUGUGAGUUGGAUUGCAAAUCUUUGCAAGGAACAUUUUGUGACUCUAGUCUCUCAAGUGAUGUCUUUUCUUUUCUACCCAUUGCCAAGGUCUGAGAUCAUCAACUUUCCUUCUUGGUCCAUGUGAUGUGAAGCAUGGGAAGAUUUGGAGGAGGUAGGCAGCAAGGACAGUUUUUUCUUCAUUUAUCUUUACUUUGAGAGUAGCCCUUUGUGAACCCUGUUUAAUGUGGGUGAGCUCUGGCAUCUCUUGAUCCCAGCCAACCCUGUCCCAAAACAGGCUGUGAAAACUGCCAACUCUCAAGUUCCCUUGGACUUGCAAAUGCCCUUAGCUUCAAGCUGGCCGUGACUCUCUGCUGGCCUGUCUGGAUUUCUGCUCUCACUCAAUGUUUGGCCUCUGAGAAUUCUACAUUUUCUGUCCCACUCAUGCUUACAUUUAAAAAUAUGUUAUUUAUAUUUUAGCUAGCAUUUUAAAUUGUUUUCAGUAAGAAGGUCAGUGUGGUUUUGUAAAUUUCAAUACUGCCAGAAGAAGAAUAAGGCAUUUGUUUUUAGAGGAAUUUAAAUUUAUGCUGAAUUUAUGUGUUUCUCACGAUUUCCACAGAUAUCUCAUUCUGCUUUUAUGCAUUUCCUAUUCACAUCUGCUUUUUUAACUGGACAGUAGCACCAAGUGUGCUCCAAGAAAUGUCCUGAUGGCAUUUCCUUCAGCUCACUGUGAUCUCUGGUGGCUAGUUUAUAUCCCAGAACCACUAGUAAAAUCAAAAUGGACACCACCCCCACCUUUCUCUACACACAGGGACUUGUUGAACAAACAUUCUUGCCUUCAAGUCCUGCUUUCCAGAGUUAAGUAAUAUUUGUUUCAUUCCACUGGACUCUUCUCUAUUUCCUAGGUAGUCUGCUGUGAAUUUUAGGUUUAGUAUUCUCAGCAUUAAAUGUAUGUCUUAGUCUGAGAACUCCCAGAAGCAGACCCUGAGUCAAGGAUUCAAAGACAAGCAAUUAUUUGGGAGGUGAUCCCAGAAAGCUGGAUCAUCCAUACAACCAAAACUCUGUAUUAUGAAAAUGUGUCAGUGUGAGUGUCCAGGAAGUAGAGAACAUAGUCAGUAAGAAUUGGGUUAUACAUUAUUGUAAGAUAUAUGCCAAUGACAGAAGAUUAAAUGAAUAGCACCCUAUUUUAUAAUCACCAAAGUAGCAGAAAUGAUGAUAGUGAUGAUGAUGAUUAACACAUCUUGAGCAUUUUCCAUUCACUUUUCACUAAAUUUAAUUAAUCCUCAAAAAAUCCAUUGAGGUGGGAAGCUUAUUUUAUUCCCAUUUUUCAGACUGACACACUAAGGCAUGGAUAGAUUACUUAGCUGCCUAAUGUCACACAACUCUAAACAGUGGAGCUAAAUUUGAACCCAGACUCUCUGAAGAAGUCCAUGCUCCUAAGUAUUAUGCUACAUAUCACCUCUCAGAUUUAUUCUAGAAAUGUACAUCCACUGUAGAAAAUUUGGAAAACAUGGAAAGGCAGAAAGGAAAAAAGUAAAAUUGCAAACAGUUGUUUCAUUCCAAACCAUGAUCCUAGCAGAACUUGUGGAAUUUAUUGAGGUAGGAAUUUUCAAUCCCUGCUUUAAAGCUGAAAGAGCUCGGAGUCUCAUAAAUGAGGAAAGCUACUCAAGGAACUGUGGCAAAAAGAAACAAAGCAGGGAGGGAAGGGGAAAAGACAGAGGAAGAACCAGGAUGUAAACCAGAUUUUUCUCCAUCCAAAGCAGUUUACUGUAAUACUCCAGUUGGAAUAAGGGAUUUAUUUCAGGAACACGUUUUGAGAUCUAAGGACAGUUCUGUUGGAGUGUGUGGGUGUCUGUUUAGUUGUAAGAGCUCAUAAAUCUUUGAAUCUGCACAUGGAGUGUGUGGGAUUUUUGUUCUAGUCGUUCCUCUAAGGUCCCACAUUAUGGAAGCUAGCAUUUACUUUUAACUUUAUACCUUUGAACUGGACACCUAAGUGACUGUAAACUCUCCCAUAGCCAUUUAACAAUCUCUUUCUCUUUGAGGCUGACUCCAUAUUUAAAAUAGACGCAAAAUAAUACUCAGGUCAUUUUUCUGCUCAUAAAAGGAAUAUGAUCUCAGUGAUCAAGAUAAAAUGAAGGUACAUUAUGCAAUUUUAAAAGGAAGUGAUUUGCUUUUUUUAUUUUAAGCACUGAUGUAGAAAGAUAGGUAGAAGGAAGAAAUCAUUGAAGGAAAUUAAAUUAGGGAUCAAGGAACAGCAGGCUAAUAACAACCAGCUUAAUUAUAAUAAUUAUAAAGGCUCAUUGUAGGAUGAUUUUCAGGUAUCAUUCAUUGGCUCACAACAGAUCUGACCUGGUUCAUCUUAAGUAAGCCGCUUCGUUAGUGAUCAAUCCGAACUCUUGAGGACUGCCAGAAGAGCAUCAGCAAUCUGUUAUUAGUGGGGAAAAAUAUAAAUUAUUUUGAGCCGUGGAGUAUGUGGUUGUCACUGAGCACACCAUUAUUAGAUAUUUUUGAGAGAAUUGGACAAACGGCACAAUUAGGAGGAGGAAACCUUCUAAUUUAGGAAAACCUCAAGAUGGAGUUUUCAUUUUGUACACAGCCUAAUAAUUAAAGCUUGAUAUAUAUUCUUUA